AUGUCAACUAAACAUCCAUCAAAACCAAAGGGCAAGGCUGCUGUGCCCAAGCCAGCUAGAGGAUUGGGACUCAACCCAUCAGGACUUCCAGCUGCUGAACAACUCAACAUCACAGCUGAACAGCCUUCGAUGUCAGCGUUCAGUUUCAAUCCACACGAAGAGAGUCAAGAGGGCAUACAGGAAGGCUGGCAAAUUGGGGGCCCAGACAACUAUCAACCCUCUUAUGAUGAUGUGUACGCACCUGGCCCCAGCCGGGAGCAAGGUGCUCAAUUCACGCAACCCCAACAUGCCUCAAGCUCUACCAGCGCUCGUUUCACACAGCCCGAAUCCCUUGGCACUCCAUUCACGCAACCCCAACCUCCCUACAACAAUCAAUUUGCGCACUUGCAGCCCUUCCUCGACAACCAUUUCAUGCAGCCCGAACUCUUCCCCGAUGGCGACAACAACGACAACAAUGGUACAUCCAUCUACGAGGGGAAUACUUAUGACCAGGGCCAAUUUGGCUCACUCUUACCCGACUUUAAAAUGCACAGGGGCCCACAGCAGGGUAACACCCACGCGCACGAUGACAAUGUCGGUACAUCCAUCUACGAUGGGAAUACUUAUGACCAGGGCCAAUUUGGCUCACUCUUACCCGACUUUAAAAUGCACAGGGGCCCACAGCAGGGUAACACCCACGCACACGAUGACAAUGUCGGUACAUCCAUCUACGAUGGGAAUACUUAUGACCAGGGCCAAUUUGGCUCACUCUUACCCGACUUUAAAAUGCACAGGGGCCCACAGCAGGGUAACACCCACGCACACAAUGACAACGCCGGUACAUCCAUCUAUGAUGGGAAUACUUACGACCAGGGCCAAUUCGGCUCACUCUUACCCAACUUCAAAAUGCACAGGGGCCCGCAGCAGGGUAACACCCACGCGUGUGGAAUAUUGUUACCCCAGUGGGUCAACGAAGCGCCCGACAGGGGAGUCGGAUUCAUAGACCGGGGGAGUGGUUUCAUCCCUCCGGCCACGGAUCUAAUGCUGAUCCGGCGGGGGGAGAUCUCUCAUGAGGAGGUUGUCCAUACAGGGGGGCCAGCACGCACUACAAAAAAAUGCAACACGGGGGCUACAUUGCCCAGAAUGCUAUACUUCAUGCCACAAGCCCCCCGCAGCGUCACCGAACCGCAGACAAGCAUCGCAGCACCGCAGACACCCGUUGUCGCCGAACAUCCGGCAGCAAUCUCGAAGACCAUACACGUGUCCCAGGACAAUAUCACUCACACUGUGAAGGGGGCAAAAGCUCUGAUCACAUGGGUGAUGUUUACCAAACAUGCGAUGACGCAGAAGCGGAAGAAACGCGCGACUCAAUUCGAGAACAUGAUCAAAGAUUCAACACCUCAUUUUUUGGAGGCUGAUGCCGUGGUCGAAAAUUUUAUCACUCACGCCCACCUUAGAAAGGUCUCGAACACAUUAUCCAGCACAUGCAGGAAAAUCGCCCAAUUUUCACGCAACAGCAUUUUCAUAUUGUAUAAGCUGUUCCCUCCGCAAGGGGGCACUGCAACAGCAGAAGGCCAUCGCAUAGUGAUGGUGAACAAAUUGAUCUGGGGCACUGACCCAUUGUUGUUCAUGCAUGCAACUUUGGUAGACAAGCGUGGGAAUAUUACCAUAGACGCGAAAUUUCAAAAUGCAUUUAUCAUGGCUGGCGUCGUUCAAUUUGUGUGGUACUCGGGACGCGAAGUUUUUCUCGGCAACUUACCACUAAAGGCUAUGAGAUUUGUGAUGGCCUUGGUCGGCAGCGCUAUGCAUUGCACAUUGCAGGAGCAACAAUCAGCUGUCAUCACAGUCGACGCUUUUGGUGGUCCGCACCAUGAAGAAAAUUUUCACGAGAUUGUGUCAGCUUUUGAUAACCUCACUACAGAAGAGCAAGUUGAGUUUGACAGUUAUUUGCAGUAUGUGUUAGAUGUUGGACCCUCGCAGGCAGGCAAUAGAGAGAGCUCAUCCGAGUCAGAUUCUGAGUGA